AUGCUCAAUUUUCUGCAACAGUUUCAAUUGGUUUCAGUUUUAUUUUGCUUGAUAUUACUAGCAAUGAUACCAUGGUCGAUAGUUAGUUUUGUCUUGGGGUUCUUUUUCAGCAUCUGCAUAUUUGGAUACUUCAUAUUCUUCAAAUCUUUACCUGAUUUACCGACGACUCAGCCUAAAUUUAUCCAUCUUGUGCCGGAGAAGUCGAAUAUAGUGGAAGUAGAUAAAGAAUUGACCUCAACUGAAGAUUUAAUACAUGAAGGGAAUGCACAAAUUGGUAAGGAAUUAGAGGCCAUAGUCGACUUAAUUAUUAGAGAUUUUGUAGAAUCCUGGUUCACAAGAAUUGAUAAAAAUGCUAAUGCAAAUUUUCUGAAAGUCCUGAAGUGGAGAUUGUUACAAACGCUGGUGGUAGUCAAAGAAAAGCUAAUGAAGAAUGACAGUGCUAGUUUGAUUGUUUUGAAGCUGUUGCCUAUAUUCAACAAGCAUUUCAGUACUUUUUGUGAUGCCAGAGAAGCUGUAUUGAGUGAUUUGACCCUUGAAAGGCAAAAAGCAGCCAAUAUUGGUCUACAAAUUGCUGUAGAGUUCAAUAAGAAUUACAAGUUACAUAAAUCACUGUCAUUGAAGCCGAACGCUCUAGAAAAAGAAAUCGAAGAGUCUAUAAGAAAAACCGUGAUCGGUCUUCUUCCUCACCUCUUUGAUAACGAUGAGUUAGACUCAUUGUUUGUUUUUACAUUGGUGACGGAAGUUUUAACUACAUGCAUUAUUUCCCCACUGAUUUUCAAAUUUACUGAUCCAGAUAGUUGGAAUUUAAAAGUUGUUAGCCUUUCACAAAACUACUUUGAAGAAAAAAACAAAGUUCACAAGAUAAGAAGAAUGCUAAGUAAGGAAUUACAAGAGCAUAGGAAUGCGAUUAAUAACUUAGAGAACAAAGAAGCUGGAGGUUCGGAUGAAAAGUUGGAACUUAAUGUUAAUUAUACCGGAAAACAGUUUGAGCAUUACCUCAACCAGCUCGACUCCUUGGUAGACAUGAAUACUAUCAAGUACGUUGCAUUCUCAUUAGCUCUCAAGAUAUAUCAAUUGAAAGAUAAUGACCAUUUAACUAAGGAGGAUUUGAAAUACAAAAAGCGUUUACUACUCUCCUUGAAUUUGAUUGAAUCAAAAUUAUCGUUCCUCAGUUCAGAAAUCAAAACAGGAAACAAAAAGAUUGUCAGGGAUAGUAGUUAUUCAGAUUUGCAUAUGGACAGUAAAAUAGUAUCAAAGGAAAUGACCUCAUUUCUCGCGGCAAUCACUUUGAGAGACAUUAUAGACGAUAGCAAUUGCAUAACAUUUUUCAGGUCAUUCUUAAAUAGCGUUUCUGAAACUCAGGGCAGUACAUUUCUAGAAUACUCGCAAACAAUUGAAUCAUUCAAAAAUCCCUUAGAAGAUGCCAUUUCUGAGGAUAUAAUUUCAGGAUAUUCUGGUAUCAAUACCCUUCAACUGAAAGAGAUUUCUUCAAAGUUUUUUCAUGACAAUAACUUACAAAAUAUGAAGUUGCUGGACGAAGGCUUAGUAAGGAAUAUCAUACUUUUUACAAAUUCCUUUCAAAUGAAUAACGAUGAAGAAACAUUUAUUCUGGCCAGAAAAAGUGCUCUGCUACUACAAACAGAGGCUAUAAAGUGCCUUGAUGAUAAAUAUUUACCACUAUUCAAGAAAUCUUCUUUCUUUCUCAGAAUGCUUUCAACGCCGGAUAUCAUUUCGACAGACAUAUAUUCUCAUUUUUUGAGCGCGAGCGGUAGUGAUAACAUAAAGCAAAGUAAGGUUAUCCAAAAAAGCUCAAAGACAGAUUUCUUGAAUCCGGUUAGAAUUUUCGCAAACCCUGGUAUCACAGAUGCUUUAGACGAUAUAGUAAAUGGAUCUGAGUCGAAACCAGAUAAAACAAAAAUAAGUUCAAAUCCACAGUAUACACAGUUGUUUGGCUCUGAGAAUGAUAAUAUUUUUAAAGAUAAACUCUUCGACGAUGACAACGAUAAUACCUCUGAAUUUUACGUUACUGAGGACCAGUUGGAUCUCGCACGUAGUGUGGAAAAAGCGAGUGUCUCUAGUGCAAAUUCGGAUAUAAAUCACAGCCAACACCGUUUGUCAAAUAAUUUCAGGGACAAUAUAGCAAGUUUGACUAUAUCAAUUGACCAAAUCGAAAAAGAAUUAGAAUUGUUGAGGCAUUUAAUUUUGAAGGCAGAUUUAACCAAUAACCAAACGCAAUUAAAAAUUUUGAAAAAAUCACAAAGAACACUAUUGAAAGAGUUAGAAAUGAAAGAACUUCUGAAACAGCAAUAUAUGGUGCAAGAGAAUUCUAACAGUUUGUUCAGAAAGACAAAAAUCUACAUAAGAUCUUACUUUAGUGAGAAUUCCGGUAAUGACCUAAAGGAAAUUACCUAUUAUAUCAUAAAUAUUCACCACUUCAACAAUGGACAAGUAAGCUCCUGGGAUAUGGCAAGAAGGUUCAAUGAGUUUUUUGAACUAAAUUCAUACUUGAAAAAACAUUUUAGGUCCUCAAUGAAGCAGUUGCAGGACUUGUUUCCAUCAAAAAUGAAAAUGUCAUUGAAAUACCAUGUAACGAAAACAUUACUCUAUGAAGAAAGAAAACAAAAACUUGAAAGGUACUUGAGAGAAUUGCUGUCUAUUUCUGAAAUAUGCGAAGACCACAUUUUCAGAAGAUUUUUGACGGACCCUUCCUCGUUCAAGCUAGACAGGGAUCCCAUGCAUGAUGAUUUCUCGGAAGAACCGCCACAUGAACCUAAUAACAGCAACAGCACGAGCAAUAGCAGUUCUGUCGUUGAAUUACAAACCACCGAAGGCCUCGGCAACGAACUGGAUUUCUAUGAAGACGAACGGCAUUUUUUUACUGAUUCUGGAUACCCUUUUUAUUCGCAAAACAAAUCCUUUGUUAAACAGAUAUGUGAUCUAUUUAUUUCGCUAUUUGUACUGAAUAAAACGAAUGCUGGUUGGUUAAGGGGCAGGGCUAUAAUUACUGUUUUACAACAACUUCUUGGCAGCACCAUCGAAAAGUACAUAAAAGUCAGUAUUCAAAAAUUGAGGUCAGAUGAUCAGGUACUAGAAGCAGUGGUCGCAUUUAAGAAUAUGCUAUGGGGUGAUAGCGGCGUGUUCGAAAGGAAAAGGAAUGGAAUGGUGGAGCCCACAAGAACAAAAGGUGAAAAGUUACGAACAGAACAAGAUGCUCUAACUAGUCUACAAAGAUUAUUUGCAGAGACUUGUGGGCGUGUAGUCGGUUUAAGAGAUUCUCACGAAGCUGCUGGUAGGGUUCAUGCCAUGUUGCAAAAUCCGUAUUUGAAUGCCAGCCUAUUAUUGGAGAUUUUUGACGCAAUUUUAUUGGAUAUAAUAUGUAAUGAUGAAAACGAAAACUAA